GUCAUUUUUUUUAGUCAGGUCUACUAUUUUUUACGUGUUCAACAGAAGACUUAGAUUUUUCCGUAAGCUAACCAGAAUGAGUGACGAGAGCUCCAGCAGUGAUGACUCUCUGCAGGACAAUCCAUAUCAAAUUGUGGAAUUUUGUGGCGAAGAAAAUGAUCAGGGCCAAAAAAUGAUUGAAAUAAUCAACAGCAAGUGGAUGCACAGGGAGAGUAAAAAUACAAACAAAGAUGAUUUUGCAAGUACACAGAGACGUUUGAAACGCUUGUACAAAAAUCGAACAGAUGUAGAAUCUCACAUUUCUGAUAGUGACUCGAGCGGGCCACAAGAUAUUCUAUCGAAGAAACGUGGUGCAGCAAUGCUGAAGACCUCUAGUUCUUUGAAACCGCAGCAUGGCGUGGCUGAAGAUAACGACAGCUUGCCAGUUAGAUCCACAUCCAUACAUCCUCGAUGGAAAUCCUCAGCUCGUUGCGACACACCACCGUGCAUAUCCUCCACCAAGGCCCAGAUGACAGACACAGCAGAUCACUCUCAAAAACGUCCAGAGGAAGGGAUAAAUCCAACACAAACCAGAGGAGAGAAGAAGACCGAGCUACAAAAACGACUUGAGGACCUGCACCACAAAGGGAAGGCUGAUUCUCAAACAAAGCUUCUCAUCGACUAUUUAGACGCAAAAUUUGAAUUGAUAACACUCAAGCUUCAAGACGAAAUCCAAAGCGCUAAGAGAGCCCAACAAUAUGAUCUAGGGAAGAAAGUAGAGGACUUGAAAAAUUCAAUAGCAGCUCCGGCGUCAGAUAACAAGGGCGACGCUUCAGCACGAGCCUUACUGGGAGUUCAACUCCCAAUAGCUACUCUGGAUGAGUUUGAGAAAUUUGAACAGAUGUUGGAUCCAAAAUCUGAGGUGAAUGCAGUGAAUCCUGAAGCAGCACUGGAGAAACAAGCCCUCUUGUCUAGACUUCCCAAACUGAGAUCAAGUUUGGAAUUCAAGCUUGAAUCGAGCUCGGUCUCCAAGCUGCGAUCGAGCUCCACCUGCAAUCUUGGACCGAGUCUAGUCUCCAAUAUUAGGUCAAGCUUGGUCUCCAAGCUGCGAUCGAGCCCCACCUGCAAUCGUGGACCGAGUCUGGUCUCCAAGCUUGAAUCGGGCUCGGUCUGCAGGCUUGGGUCAAGCAUGGUCUCCAAGCUGCGAACGAACUUGAUCUUCAAUCUUGGACCGAGCCUAGUCUCCAGGCUUGGACCAAACUAG